GUGACUCGGCGCUCACGUGACCGCGCGGCGGCGGGGCCGUGCCGGAGCCGGGGCCGCGCUCGCCAUGGGCUGCUGCUACAGCAGCGAGGCCGAGGCCUCCGACCAGGAGGAAGAGACAAAGCGGCUGCUGGAGCCGGCAGCCAGCCCGCCCAACAAGGUGCUGAACGGAGCAGAGCAGAGCUACCACAACCUGCCGUCAGCACGCACCGAUGAGCAGGCCAUGCUGUCCUCCAUCCUCGCCAAAACAGCCAUCAACAUCAUCGACGUGUCGGCAGCGGAUUCCCAGGGCAUGGAGCAGCAUGAGUACAUGGACAGAGCCAGGCAGUACAGCACACGCCUGGCCAUGCUCAGCAACAACCUGACGCACUGGAAGAAGCUGCCACUGCUGCCAUCCCUGACUAACCAGCCACACCAAGUGCUCGCCAGUGACCCUGUCCCCUUUGCAGACCUGCAGCAGGUGUCCCGGAUAGCUGCCUAUGCCUUCAGCGCGCUCUCACAGAUCCGUGUUGACGCCAAAGAAGAACUGGUUGUACAGUUUGGCAUCCCCUGAACCUGCCCUCACCACUGCUGCUUCAGCGCUUUGGGUUGUUUUCGGUUUUUUCCUGAUUUUUUUUUCUCUUUGUAUCCCUUCCCUCCCCAUGCUGCUGCCACAGAACUUGGACAGAUACCCUGUUUCCUACUAAAUGCCAAGGCGCCCAUCAUUGGCACGUUGAGCCCACCUGCAGUGCUUGAGGCUUUCUCCUCCUCGUGGGUGGGUGGGUGGGUGGGUGGGUGUGCGUGGGGAAGAGGCUGUGUCAGCUGGAUGCUGCCUUGCACAGGGACAAGCACAAAGGGAACAGCCGGUGCAAGGAGGCCCUGGUGUGGGUCAGCACCAUAUGCCAGGUCACCAGGAUGGGUGGGCUGGAGCCAGGCAGAUGUGAUGCUCUGCAUGGGGCCUGGUGGCUCCAACACCAUCCCUUCUCCUUUUUACAUGUUUAGACCUUUAUUUCAGUUUUUUUUUUUUUUUCUUUUUUUUUUCUUUUUUUUUGUUUUUAAUUAUUAUUUUUGCCACAGUAGAUAAAGCCACGUUCAUCCAG